CGCGCCGGAUCAUCAAUUCAACAAAACGAUAGUUUUCAAUGCGAGUCAAGUAAAAUAGCUGAUGAUUUACGUAAGGAAUCAUGUGGCGCAUACUUCGUGUUUGCAGUUCUGCGAAAACUAGAAGACUGUUCAAGUCUUUAGAUUCACGACAACUCGUCACAGCACACAAUAUAGAGACUUUCCAAACACAAGGGGUCGUAUGUCUCAGGGGUGCGUUCAGAGAAUGGGUCGAAAAGCUGAAGAAAGGUAUUGCCACAAACCAUGCAAACCCCAGCAACGACCGCGGUGAAUGGAUCAAAAGCGAAGAUUCGUAGACCUUCUACUUCAAUGAUUAUUUUAACUGGCGUCGGAUCCCAGAGUUUGAGGAAUUUGUGCGUUUAUCGCCAGCUGCAGAAAUCGCCGGCAAACUGAUGAAGUCUGAGGUUUGUUUUGUUGUAACAAGGUUGGCCUGAGGCCUUGCUGCUCAAUCACAUUUACGAAAAGUUUUGGCACUCCAAAACAAAAGGCGGUUGGGUUAAUAAACUUUGACCAAUUCCGAUCGAAGACAUGCAAUUCCAUUUGACCUCCAAUAUAACUGAUUAUAAUGCGGCCAAUAUCUAUGCUAUCUGCCAGCAUCACGAAAACUCGCUAGGUAGCGUCGGGGCAAAAAUUUAGAACAGUAGCCUUGAGAAUCUGAGAAAACUUUCAAAGCAGGCUUUGAGUAUUAUAAAAAGUACAGAAUCUAUUCCUUAUUAUCUUCACUCUCCCCAUAUGUAAAACCGAGCGUUUGAAGAAAAGUUUUAUUUUCAGCCAUGUCGAGAAAGAUGUCGAUAAUUUUUCUUAUUUUCUCUUUGUUAUCAUCAGUAUUUGUAAAUAUCCCGUAAUUCAGCCUACGGCUGCAAUGGUGUUUAUAAUAAAGUAUCUAUCUAUCUAUCUAACCUACAAACCCAGGUUGGUUAUCUCCCCCCCCCCCCCCCCCCCCCCCCCCCCCCCCCCCCUCCAUAACCAAAACCACCCCCAACACCCCCACCAAAUAUUUGUAACCUCCGCUUACUCAAAAUAUGCUCCAGACCCAACCCCCACUAUCUUUUUUCAUUAACGACAAACACUUUCUUUCCCAACCCCCACCCACCCAAUACAAGAGACAGUAUGUACCAACGAUCGCGAGCGUCCACAACCCCCCCCCCCCCCCCCCCCACUUACUCCUGCCCCUAUUUGAAUCAAGCCGAUCCAAACACCUUACAACAUUGUGUAAUCCCAGGGCUUACAAUCAAUGGUAUGCUGCCAAGCUACCUGGCAUACUGUUUGUACAUGGGACAUCCCAUAUUUUACCCCCCACCCCCCAACUACUAAGUAAGGCAGGUUUUAAAAUAGGGGGCUCGGCUGUACACAGGCUUCCCAAUGUAUGUUGUGUGUGACUCCCUCCCUGUCUCAUUCUCCCCGUCACUUUGUCUUCUCCAAUCUUUCAGUAAGCAUGCAUGUAUUGAAACUUCAAUUCAGAUUAUGACACACCAUUUUAAGGUUUUGCAUGGUCAUUGCAGUUUAUAAUACGUUAAAUUUUCUUCAGUUCUCCCAGUUACCAUACGACCACCUCUCUGAGUAGUCACUGUGACAAUGCCAUCACUUGCAGAAAGAGUAGCUCAAUUUAAAUGAAUUAAUACACAAUUAAUUACAGUAGAAUGGAAAUCCAGAGUUACCAAUGUUGCAGUAAGCAAAUAACAUGUUUGGCUCUCAGUGGAUAACUUGCAUCCCAUCCGUCAAGGACAAUAAACUACAAAAAAAAGCAACUAAAAGCCCCUUUACAGUGUAUUUUUAGCAUUGAAUAGAGAAAGGUUGUUUGCAGUUACACUAAAUGUAUUGCUAGAAGUUUGCUGGCAAAUGUCAUACACUGUACAUGUAUGGGCUCUAGCCUGCAUAGCAAGCGUUUCUGUUUGGUUUUGUAGCAAAGAAAGACAGAGGAAGGUGAUUUUCAGUUUUGGCUGCGCAAAUAAUGGAACAAGAGCCAAAAAAUGAAAGCGGGGGAUGGAAAGGGAAAGGAAGAAAGUUUCCUUCCUUCCUUUCUUCCCCACCCUGCUCGUUUACUUACUUGCCCCAUUUUUCACAUGGUCUUUGACCCUCGUUCCUCUUUCUUUGCUCUGAAAGUGCACAGAAACCCUUGCCACACAGGCUAUACAGGCUAAAACACAAAAAAUAUCCACCAACAUACAUGCAAUUAAACUAUCAAAUGUUGAGAGUUUGCAAUUAAGUUUGAGGGUGAAUCAGCACUAAUUCAGUCCGACUGAUUCUACAUGUAUAUUUACAUUUGCUGUUUACAUUCACUUUUGAUCAUAUUUGCAUGGAAAAGGCGUGUUAUAAAUUUUUAAUUAUUAUUAUUAUUAAUCUUUUCUUUUUAAUUUGAAGUUUGCAGUGUUUUUUCAUGAACAUGUGUUUAUUAAAGAUCCUGGUACAACACGUGGGACACCAUGGCACCAAGAUCAACCAUACUAUCCUGUGAAUGGAAGGAAGGUAUUAUUGGAAAGUAUAAUUCUGUUCUUCCCCCUCCCCUCCCUCCCUGCCUGCCAACAACCCCACCAAGUCAAUGGAAAAUCUUAGGGGUAGGGAGUCAUGUCUUGAAAAUAAUUUAAAAUAAUUAUCAAAGUCUGCUUGCCUGGGACAGUUGCAAUCCUGUCUUAAUAGCAUAAAAUGAGAGGUUAGUUAAUAUGCUCUAAACUUUUAUUCAAUUCUUUCUCUGCUGUUUUUAUCAGUUUUGGACAAAAAAGAGAAAAAGAAAGAAUUAGCAAUUACAUGCUACUUCAUGUAUCAUUCACACAUGAUGAUUGAAGUUCUGAAUAAGUGCUGCAUGGACAAAUGAAAGAAUUAAUAAGUGGUGGAUAAGGUGCAUGGUAUAGGUUAGAGAGAUUCUUGCCUAGGUGCCACCCAUCAGGUCAGACAAGACUAGUUGUUAUGCUAAGUGUGAAAUGCACUUGUUGCCGUGAACAACCAGAAGAACCGUUAUCAAGCCUUGGGACAGUUGCAUAAGACUUAAUGUUAGUCAUAAGUGCUUAUACAUAGAGCAUUUUAAUGCUUCAUUUGAAAAAAAUGGAGAGUUUGAUUGGGCGAAUGUCAGAUUUUGGUUGUUAUGUCCGACGUUAAGAUUUAUGUAUUACUGGCCCCUGAAAGGUACCUACAUCACACUGUAUACCUGCCAACCUUUUUUCGUUUAUAGGCAUGACAUUUUUUAUCUUAAGAGUGCCACUGAAGAUUUUUCUUAGGGGUCCGAUAAUAUCUGAAGAUGUCCGAAGACAUUCCGAAGACUUCCAAAGAUGUUACGAAGAGUUCCGUCUAACACGAACAUAGGAACACAAAGGAACAUUGACUUCCCUACUAAAAAAAGAGAAUUUGGAGAAAGUCGAUCAUCUACAUAGACUUUUCUUUUCUCUCUUUGGUUCUGGUUUGUUUAAAUAAUUAAUAUAUUUUUCAAAAUUUUCUCUCUUUGGUUCUGGUUUGUUUAAAUAAUUAAUAUAUUUUUCAAAAUGUGUCAGUUUUUGCUGUAAUGGCGCAAACUUUUCUACUAGGCGUGACAAAUCGGAACACAGGCGUGAGUAGGCGUGAGAUCCAAGUUUUCGAUCCGCAGGUGUGUCAAUCACGCCUUAGGCAUGACACUUGGCAGGUAUAACACUGCAUUAUUUGGACUUAGUAGGAUCAUCAAGGUAAAAAAUCCAGAAAAUCCUGGAUCCUGAAAAUUUAAAUAAAAUGCCCAUAUUUAUAUAUCAAAUAUAUCCACAGAACUGUUCAUUAUGGCUACCAGUGACUCCUGUAUCUAAAGACUCCUGUUUGGAAUAUGUCGGUGGAUCUCAUAAAUGGGGGAAGUGGUUCAUUCCCAGGAAAUUUGCUUCCUCAAAAAAUUACAACUUAAUUGAUGACUCCAACACUAGCUGUAGCAAACAAGAAGCAUUUGAAGCUAUCCCUGACAUAGACGGAGAACCAGACAAGUAUGAACUGUUCUCGUGGGAUCUAGAGGUACAAUAGGUUACUGACCAGUGAAUUUUUAAGUGAUCGACUUUCGGAGAACAAUAAAAAAACAUUAGUCCUUAAAUUAAGCAGCUGCUUAGCCUGAAUUAUACCCAGCUUAGCACUGACCAGAUUUAGAGGAUGUUUUCCGAUAUCAGCACGACACUAAUAUUGUACUUAUAAUCAAAAGAUAAGGGGCAGUAGAAGGAACGGUAGCUCAGCGGGAUAAAACGGCCAAAGAUUUCAUGUGUUUUGCGAGGAAAUGGCUGAACUACUGCCUAGAAAACAGCAGAAUAGAGUGUCUUCCUGUUCCAGAAUUUUAAGGGUAAUCAAAUGCACCCUAAAUUUCAUCCCUGCUAUGAGUCAGGGUUAAGACCUUGAAUUGGCCGGCAUAAUAUUUCAGACCUGCCAAAGAAUUUAAGCUCACAUGGAGUGAGUCCUGAGUUCCUCUUCUCUAAACCAACAUCAUCAGUAAGGGUCUUAAGCAAGGUCAUGGCAGGUUGCACAAGUUACACGUAUCCGCCCUGCCCCCCUCACCCCCACCAGGGGGAGAGGGGAAGGAGGGAGAAGGGAGGCUCUGCCCAGAGGUCCAACCCCUUCCCUUUUACAUACCAUUUCGGAGCGGGAAGGUAUCCCUCUCGUAUACCUUUUAUUGCCAAUGGUACCCCUUUCACAUCCUUUGUGUAGAACGCUGCAGUUCUUUUAACUGCUGUAAAUGCACCGUUUUUCAAUUAUGAAUAAAUCACGAAACCAGAAACUUUUCUUGUCUUUUUCACUGCCAUAAAAUGUGCCUGUUGGCUCUUUAAGGUCCUUUCACAAACUCCAAUGGCAGAUUUCUCAACCCUUUCAUAUAGUUUAGCUAGUGAAAUCCGUUCCUUUUCAAAUACCUGAGGUAUGAAAAAGGUACCCCUUUCGGGCGGGGCCUUCCGUAUGGGCCAUUACAGGGGGUACGCCCCAGAAUAAACCCCUGGUAUGAUUUGGCUUUGCAGGUCAGCAUGAAGCUUUGAAUGAAGAAGGCAGUAGCCAAAUUAUGAAGGGACGUCUUUAACUCUCAAGUGAGACAAAGUCAACUUGCAGGCUGGCUUGUGUGUUAUCUUAAAUUUUAUUUUCUUUAUUCAUAGCCCGGUGAUUGCAUAGCUUUUCAUAUGCUCACUGUUCAUGGCGCCAAACAAACUAUUGACAUUUCUGGACGACAAGUGAUUGCCACUCGCUGGCUAGGAGAAGAUGCAACAUUCGCCAAUAGGCCUUGGGAGACCGCGCUUAGCUUUCCUUUAGGGUUACAUGAAACCUGGAGAUGCUUACUACACGAGUGACACUUUUCCAGUUAUGUGGAGAUCAGGACAGGACAGUGAAUGAACAGAUGAUAAAACAUGGUAAACCUAAAGAGAAAAGAGAAAAACUUAUUCCAUUUUACCUCGUCUCGCGUGUUUUGCUCUUGGGCCUUGAAACCCGUCUGAGAGCCUCCAAUAACGCCUUCUUAAUAGUUUGUGCAGGUUACAAGAUCUCGCGCUUCACGCAACAAAGUCUCACGCCUAUUUAUCCGCAGAGCUAGAACGGCUACAGAAGCGCACCAUGCGAAUUAUUUUUCCGUUUGUACCAUAUAGCGACGCAUUACAUCUAGCCAACUUGGAGACGCUCUCUCGACGCAGGCAGUCUAUCACAACUAAACUUUUUGAUUCCAUCACUUGUAACUCAGACCAUAAACUGCAUGAGCUCUUGCCACCUCGUACCAAUUUUGAAUCCAAUUUAAGACGAAAGAGGAAUUUUCAUGUCCUUCUGGCUAAGACGAAGAGACUUAAGAACACAUUUAUAGCAACUGUAAUUAAAUUUUUAGCUACUUAUGUGUACAUUUUUCUUAUAUUUUUUUCUCAUAUUUUUAUUAGAUUUUAUUAUUGUAACGAUUAAUCUAAUUCAGCUUUUGGCUGCGAUUUUAAUCAGAAUAAACUAUCUAUCUCUAUCUCGCCUGUGGAUCGAAAACUUCGAUCUGACGCCACCUCACGCUUACGGAUCAUUUCCUCACGACCAGCAGAAACCUUUGAGCUGUUACAGGUUUAACUGAUUCAUUUUCCGACAGAAAAGAUUUA